UGACGUGUCAGUUUAAGAACAAGGAGGAAGAAGUUCGCGAGGAUACAAUGUGUAGCUUACUAACAAACUACUUAAUAAUAUGAGAAUCAUGCCGCGUUUUAUCCCGUUAACAACAUGCAGUGGAAAAGAAAUUGCAUUGGCCUCGCCUUUAUCUUCUUUUUCGUUGUUUCCUAUAUCACGAAUAAGUUUGUUCUGUCUGUUAUGAAAUUCAACUACCCAACGUUAUUCCAAGGAUGGCAGACAUUUAUCGGCUCGGUCCUGCUUCUGCUGUUUGGCAAGCUGGGCCUGGUGGAAAUGAGCCCUAUCUCCAGAUCGGAUGCCCUUUCCUGGUUCCCAGGCUCCCUCCUGUUUGUGGGAAAUAUUUAUGCAGGUUCCAGAGCACUAUCACGCCUAGAGAUUCCUUUCUUCUUCACUCUGCAGAACUCCUCCCAUGUCGUGAGUUACGUUAUCUUGAAGGCUGUCGGUCAUAGAGAGAAAUCAAAUUGCCGUACCAGCUGCCAGGAGAAAAUGGAUUGGUUGAAACUACUUAGCAUUUGUCUCAUGCUGUUUUCAGCCAUUUACCUCCCUGCCUACGAUCCACAGUUUGACCUCAGCGGUUACAUGUGGGCCCUCGCUCAUCUCGUCUGUGUUGGCGCUUACGGGGCGUUUAAAGUCCGCAGCAUACCCAGUAAUUUGAGCGACAUUGAGCAGCAAUGUGUUAACUACUUGUUCAGCGUGCUGCUGCUGACAAUGGCUGCUCACCCGACAGGUGACCUCACAAGUGCCUUGGAGUUCCCCUCUCUUCAGUCCUAUGCGUUCAGCUGUGGCUGCUGUGCCAGUGCCUUGCUGGGCUUUAUGCUGCUUUUAGCGACAUUCAAACUCAAAAGUGGAUUCUCGCUCCAGCACUUUGCACUGUGGAUUUUUUUGUCCAAGAUUACUGCCAUGUUCGUUGCUCCUCUUAUUUUCUACAUGGACAUGAACACUGCAUCUAUUAUUUGUGUGGCCGUCAGUCAUGUGAGCGAAGCUGUGCUGGUGUAUUCCGAGAGAGAAGCGCAGUAAUACCAAAAAAAAAAAGACAACUCAACAUAUUGCACUUCCUAAACAAAUGUACUAAAUAUGUAUUUUCAUUUUUUUUUUACAUCAGAAACAGUGCUUUAAUAGGCUACAGACCAAAUAAAAUGUGUACAUGGGGUAUAUUUUGCACUUUUACUUAUUCCAAAUGAUACAAGUUAUGAAUUAGCAAGCAGAAAACU